UAAAGAAAGAAAGAGCGCGCGUGUGAUGUGUUUGUGUAUUCUCAGUGUUUUUCUCUCUUGCGUGUUUCAUUGAGUGUAAACAGAGUCUUGUCUCUGUGUAUUUUAGUGUUAAGACGAUGCGGGACACUACAGUGUGUGACAGUAAACAGAGCUUACAGGAGGAUCAAACCUCCACAGAGUCUCUGGAUUCUGUCUGUAACGCUGGAGAACAGCAGCAGAUCCUGCAGACCAAACUGAAGAUGUGUUCAGUUAAACUCAUCGACUGCACGAACCUCAUGAUAAAGAUUAAAACUGAACCGACAGAAAUCAAAACUGAACCUACAGAAAUCAAAACUGACCCCACAGAAGAGGAAGAUCGCACUGAGGAAGACGAUGAUUUUAUUCCAUCAGAUGUGAAGAGUGAUUCAUGUUUGGAUAUAGAAAUAAAAUCCUCAACAUCAAAAGAGCGACUGACAGCACAAACUCUUUCCUGCAUCACCUGUGGAAAGACAUUCAGCUCACAGAGACAUUUAGAGAGACAUGAGAGAAAACACACUGAACAGAAACUCUUCACCAGAUCUGAGAUCAGCUUUACUACCUUACAAGAGAAGAAACUUCAUUCAGAAGACCACAGAGAGAAGAAGAAGAAGAAGCAGUUUCACUGUGAGCAGUGUGGGAAGAUUUUUGUCUCUUCCCAUAAUCUAAAUGUUCACAUGAGGAUACAUCGUGAUGAAAAGCCUUUCAACUGCACUGAAUGUGGAAAUUACUUCAGAACCAAACAACAUCUUAAAGUUCAUCAGAGAGUUCACACUGGAGAAAAACCUUACGAGUGUCCUCACUGUGAGAAGAGAUUUAGCCGUAAACGUGGUCUGAAGCGACACGUGCGUUCACACACCAAUGAGAGACUCUAUCAGUGCCGUGAAUGUGACAAAACCUUUAGGGAUUCCGGCUCUUUAAAAAAACACCAGAAUACUCACAUUAAAGAGAAACUCCAUCAGUGUUCACACUGUGAUAAAUGUUACGGUCAUAAAUAUCAGCUGAUAGUCCAUGAGAGAGUUCAUACUGGAGAAAAACCUUAUCACUGUAGUGUCUGUGGGAAGAGUUUUAGUCAAAAAACUACAUUACUAUGUCAUAAGAGAAUUCAUACAGGUGAAAAACCUUACAAAUGCUCUCAGUGUGACAAGAUGUUUACUUGUUCAAGUAACUUAAAAAAACAUGAAAGAGUUCAUACUGGAGAGAAACCUUAUCACUGUAGUGUCUGUGGUAAGAGUUUUAGUGUAAAGGCUACAUUACUAAAUCACAAGAGAAUUCAUGAAAAACCUUAUAAAUGCUCUCAGUGUGGCAUGACCUUUGCUCAGUCAGAUUACUUAAAAUCCCACCAGAGAGUACAUUCUGGAAUGAAAAGUUAUUACUGUAGUGUUUGUGGGAGGAGUUUUACUCGCCAUGGCAGUUUAGUAUUACACCAGAGACUUCAUACAGGUGAAAAACCUUUCAAAUGCUCUCAGUGCGACAAGAUGUUUACUUGUUCAAGUAACUUAAGAUACCAUCAGAGAGUUCAUACUGGAGAGAAACCUUAUCACUGUAGUGUCUGUGGGAAGAGUUUUAGUCAAGGGUCUUCAUUACUAAAGCACAAGAGAAUUCAUACAGGUGAAAAACCUUUCAAAUGCUCUCAGUGUGACAAGACGUUUGCUCAGUCAAGUCACUUACAAGCCCAUCAGAGAGUUCAUAUUAGUGAGAAACUGUAAAGCUGAAGGUAUACUAGGGGGGGUCUGCAUGACGUCAUUUUUGUCAUCAGGAGAAAAUGACCGUACGCGUUCAACAGCGCAUGUGUGAGAACAUAUUGAGACAGAACACCCCACUACAAACAAUUAGGGCGCACUCACACUAUCCAAACCGCGCUCGGGCACGUUUGACCCCCAAAGCCUGGUUUGUUUGACUAGUGUGAUUGUUCUGUUCCGCGGAUUGGAUAAUGGCGUCGCGGCUGGGUUGCAGAGGUGGGCGGACUCGGAUCGAUAAAAGUACAGUGUGGGUGCGUGCACCUGGGGGAGUAUGGAGGGUUGACAAUCGCGCUGGGGCGUGGUUUGGUUUGGUUUGGAUAAUGUGAGUGCACCCUUACACAAAGGCAAUAGAAAGCAUUUGCACACACGCACUAUUGUUUUUUCUUUUGAUUUUCACUUAUUUCAAGAACAGAAAGCUGUGGAGCAUUUUCGUCACCUUAAUGUUUGACUCCUGGUCUUUGUUUUCUUCUUGUUUCUUCUAAACUUUGUUUGCCAUGGUGGAUCGUAUAUUUUUCACCACCUAUCCUGCAUUUUUUCCGUUGCAUAGUACCUCACGGUUUGGUGUCAGUUUACUUUUGGGAGCUUUUUCACUGAGUGAAGUACAUAGUACCCGAUACUUUUUUUAGGACCACCUCGGUUGGGGUUCCAAGCGACCUGAGCUGAGACCAAACGUGAUUUGAAAACACUGUAGAUCACUGAUUGUUCUGAGAGAAUCGUCACUAUCAGUGUAAUUGCUAUAAUGUAAAAGAUUAGCUUUACCUUAGUGCUAGCUUGCGGUGUCUCGAGCAAACAUGAUGUCAUCUGUGCUCUGCUAUAAGUUCCCAAACUCACUUUAGCGAUGAAAAACAUCUACAGGUUGAGAAUCAAGACGGUUACAGUGGUGUCGUGUAGAGCAUAGAUAUGUAUAAAGGCUAGAUGGCUCAAGGCGGAGUCCCUAACGGCAUCACCUGGCGGCCAUCUUACGACAGGGCGCUCGCUCACUCGUAGCAUUGAGUUUAAUGGUGCAGGUACUUUUAAGUGACCAUAACUUGCUCAAUUUUCUACCGAUUUUCAAACGGUUUGGGUUUUUACAAACGUUAUUAACGUGGCCAUAAUUCUGGAUGCUUUAACAUGUUUCAUGAAUUUAUUUUUUAUUUUUAGUAUAGGUAUGCAGUGUCAUAGGUACAUCUUUGACGUUUAUAACAAACCAAACCGUUUGAAAAUCGGUAAAAAAUUAAGCAAGUUAUGGUCAUUUAAAAGUACCUGCAUCAUUAAAACUCAAUGCUACGAGUGAGCGAGCGCCCUGUCGUAAGAUGGCCGCCAAAAUGCGGACGUUGCACUCCAUUGGCCAGCAGCGCGGACGAGCCAUCUAGCCUUUAUACAUAUCUAUGGUGUAGAGAGUAAAACCGGGGGUUUUGCCUUGCGACGUCAGAGUGUGCGCCGCUAUCCACUGUGUUUGACGUCAAGAUUGUGCGCAACGACUGCUUUGUUGAUGAUUCUGUGCAAUGGCGGACGUAUCUUGCUAAUAAUAACUGUUCCAACAGGGCUUCUAACAUGUAUACAGAUAGAUGCUCAGUUAUCUCACUAUUUUGCGGAACACGAUUUGGGUUAUAUACCCGCCUGCUGGUGUGGCAUGCUCUUGAGUCUAGAGUAGUCUUACGACUGGGUUUACCGCCCAGCUGGUGCAACUGGCCCUGAGGGUUUAGUUACCCUUUAAUAGUAAAAUAAGAACAAAUAAUCAAAUGAUGAGCAAUAUCGCAUAAAUUCAACAGAAUAAACACAUAAAUAAAAUAAAACUGAGCUGUUCAGGUUUUUCAGAUUAAUCUAACAGUUCUGUAUUUUGGAGGUAAGGUGCCAAGCUGGAAAGAGUGUAUGUGUCUGGGAGCAAACAUACUGUUCAGAACUAUAUACAAUAGUGUUAAUUCAUGUUGUUUUUCAUAUUUUAUUUACACAUUUAUCA